CCUCAUGAAGAACAAAGAGAGGCAGUUUUGAACUCUGACGUCUUACUCAAACCUUCAUAUCAAGAUCGGCAAAAUGACUGGCGUCGAUGAUGCACACAUCUCGGUGCGCUUCAAGCACGGCAUCCAUACCAUCUUUCUCUUCAUCGACGCCCUCGCCCCCUUCUCCCAUGUCGCCACUGAACUCCUCAAUGUUCUGAACGAACGAUACCCCGAUGGUCUUACCAAGUCACUCGGUUCUCCUGAGAAGACUACCUUCGAUACAGACUCGACUCUUGCUUUUGGCGCAUUGAAGACCCCGAACGAUCCCUCGUCCGGAUGGAUUAAACUCAAGACGGGUGAUGGGGAGAAGACACCGACAGCGUUGGGACUGAAGAACAAUAGUCUCCUUGCGUUUGCGGUGCUGGAUGGGGAGGAUGAUGAGCCGGAGUUUGAGGUUGAGUGGCCGAAGGAGGAUGAGGAGCUUUAUGAGGAAUGAUUUAGGGACGAAGCUCGCGAUUCACGCGACGUCCACUACUUUCCUGCAACGGCAUGACUGUUACGCUCGAUGGCGGGACGUGAGAUACACCUACGAUACGAGUUCGGCGCCUGGGAACUACACCACGAAGCCAUCAUAACAGGAACCUAAUCGUACGACGCCGCAAUGGGCCUGCGGAAUUACCGAGAAGAUGUAAAAAGAAAUAACACAGUAGAUACCCAACUGAACGCUUUACACGACGACUAACAAGGAUGAGCUGAGCUUGGGUAAAGAUCAUCAGGGUAGGUAGCAUUGCAAGGCCAAAGCAUCUGGAUCGCAUUGGCCGAAAUAUCACAACGCUAGAACCACGACUUUGUAACCAAUAAAAUCAAGCAUGUUUUUAAGAA